AUGACACGUGACCAGUCAUUUGAGUCAUUUGAGGUCAUUUGGGUCACUGGCCAACACUGCUUAGAUGAGGAAACAUACGAUGUAAAUAAUGAUAUAUUCAGUGAUUCUAGUAGUGAUAAUGAAAGUGUAAAGAGACAGAAAUGGCAUAUUUUACGAAAAAUUUUGAUACAGUAUUUCAUUGGUAUCGGUGGUUCUCCUAUUCAGAAGUAUGGUGAACAUUGCGAAGUAGACUUUGAAUCUGAUAUUUACAAAGAAAAUUAUACAUAUAUUACAUUUCUUACUGCUCAAGAUUCACAAUGUAAAUUUAAGCAAAAUGAUACCAAUUGUUCCGGACGAAAAAAAAAUCUUACAAAAUAUCGUUGGAUUAUUGGAUGUACUAACUAUUCAGAUCUGGGUAUUACUCACGAAAAAGUAGAUAUUCCAAAACAAAAUAAGCCAAGAUUGAAUGAAAUACUGCUUGAUGAAAAUUUUAAAAAAUUAGAUGAGCCUAUUGAUGAUGGUCGUGAUGGUGAUUAUGAUGCUAAUGUUUGUAAUGGAUUUUUCUCUCGUAAUUAUGCUGCAUUGGCAAAAGUUACCAAAUUUUACGCAAAGAUACUUUUUUUGAUGGUAAUGAAAAGGCUGGAUGAUACUUCAAACAUGAUAAUUGUAUGGAAAAAACUUGGUGUCGUUUCUGUUCAUCAUAUGCAUCUUUUGCUUCUAAUGAAACUUUCAACAAACGUACAAACUCUUAUUGUUCAAAUUGUUUGUCUGUUCCUUUUUAAAGAAGGACAGUUGUCAUUAAUAUCAUUAAAUACCGACCUGGAUCAUCCACAUCUGAGGCUCUUUACACUUGAACUUAAGGAUAAUUCUUAUCAUUCACUUAUCAAAUCGUAUCCAGCACUUGGUCAAAUUCUCGAGGCUGUUGAGGCAAAUAGACUUAAAGAUUGA